GCUGAAAUAAGGUCUCAACUACUUGUUUAUUCAGACAUAUUUUCGUUCCUUAAUGAAGUAGGAGGCAAAGGAAGCAGUCAGUUGGAUAUCGGAAUAGAAAACAGUAGUACUUAGAAACUUUUGCCAUCCUUCGGAGUAGGAAAAAUCUCAAUUGUUUGUCAGUGGUUUUGAUUCUGGGUUGUAUGUAAUAAAUACUGAAUGCCUUAAUCCACGUGAUAUACAGGACUUCAUCCCCAGUUGUGAGACGUCUUGAAAUCCUGAUACAGGACCUUGAAUAAUCACAUCACUACAAAUGUUGGACUGCGACUGUAGUGAUGAUGAUCUUGAUAGAUUACUUGAAAUUGAUGAAGAAGUAAAGUAUGAAAAUCAACAAUUGCCCAUUGUUGACUUGGGCACAAAUAACCGUUCCCAAAAUCCUAGCCAUAAGAGGACUCUAUCACCGGAGUUGGAGCAAUGUAGCUCAUCAAAAAUAUUAAAGACAUUGGUGGCUGAUCAUGAGAAGGAAAAGCUCCAAGAUAAUAUUCAGCCAUGCACAUCUACAUCAACAAAUGCUGGUCUAUUGAAAAGGAUUCCGUUGGUCGGGGAUUAUGUUUCAUUGACGUUUAAUAGUGGUGAACGAUUUUAUCUGAGUUUUAGUGAAUCCGAUAUUGAUGAUUUACCUGAUAAAUCGUACAAGUAUUUUUGUAACUAUGAAUCAUCAGGUUUAGUUUAUAAAGCUGAGGAACUUCUGAAGAAUUCCAAGUCUAACAUGAUCAGUGCACAAAUCGAAGAAAAACACAGCAAAUCUGGUUUCGCACAGUUAUGGACUACAAAAUAUUCCCCAUCUACUUAUUUAGACUUGAUAUCAGAUGAGACUACUAAUCGAACUCUCCUCAGGUGGUUGAAAUCCUGGGACCCAUAUGUAUUCGGGACACCAGUACCUAAAACCCAAAUUAAAUCAAACACGAAUCUAGAACCGGCACCAUACAAAUCAAAUGAUAUUGAAGCUAUAGCUGGUGAAAUUAAUCCUCGUGAUGGACUACCUCGAUAUAGACUGAUAUUAAUUUCUGGACCACCAGGUUUGGGAAAAACUACUCUUGCUCACUUGUUGGCUCAGCAUGCUGGAUAUCAAGUAAUUGAAAUAAAUGCGAGCGAUGACCGUAGUUUAGGUGUACUACGUGAUCGUUUAACGGCAAUCGUUUCUAGUUCAACCAGUUUAAAUACAUCAAAGAAGACAAAUUUGGGUAAUCAUGAAACAAAGCUUAAGCCGUGUUGUUUGAUCAUGGAUGAAAUAGACGGAGCUAUGCCUGUAGUAGCUGAACUAUUAGCGAAUGCUGCAAAAAAUACUUUGCCGUCUAAUACUGAACGACAACAACAGCGGAAUAGACGUGCUAAUCCUCCUUUAGUUUUGCGUCGUCCUGUUAUCUGUAUAUGUAAUGAUCUAUAUUCUCCAUCGAUUCGAGCGUUACGAGCUCCCGGAAUACCUUGCUUAACUAUACGUAUACCCAUUGUUGACUUGGGUCGAUUGGUUUCUAGACUUGAUUUAAUAACUAAAACAGAAGGAUUAUCUAUUGACAAAAUAACCCUUACACAAUUGGUAGAAAUGUCUGAUCGAGAUAUUCGUUCGUGUUUAAAUACAUUGCAAUUCUUGAGUUCAGUGAAAUCUCUAGAUGAUAAUAUAAACCAUAAAUUAGGCUGUUUGUCAGCGAAUGAUAUUUUAUCAUUGUCCCAAUUUCAUAACGGUGGUCUGAAAGAUGUUCAGAAAGGUAUAUUUGAUGUGUGGAAAGCUGUAUUCACCAUUCCUUCAUCUCGUUUACUUUCAAAUCGUAGAAUAACCAAGUCUGAAUGUAAUAAUAAUAAUAAUAAUAGUAAUAAUAAUAAUGCAAGGCGAAGAAAUGGUAAAAAUCAUGAUACUCAGUCUGCUAGACUGGCCUAUAUAAUGGAUGUUAUAGAAGCCUCUACUGAUCAUCAACAAGUCACACUGGGUAUAUUUGAGAAUUAUCUUUAUGGUCAUUUAAAGGAUGCAACCUUACGAGUAGCUCGUCAGGCAUCUGAGUGGUUUGUGUUUGACGAUUUACUUAACACUUGUGUACAUACUAAAUCGAAUUACUCACUCAUACGCUAUGCUAAUUUCUUGCCUUGCUGGUUUCAUAUGGCUUUAGCUACACCAUCAGGUCUUUUCAACACAUUUAAUACUGCUAAUAACACAUCAACCGGAAAUGUCAAAUCUGUAGGUGGUUUACGUUGGCCUUCUGCUCCUUCGGAAACUGCUGCCACUCGUUCACAUUAUUUGGCAAUAUUGGAUCAGUUAUAUUCAAAUCAAUGGAACCUACCUCAAUGUAAAUCUGAUAAGUCUGUCAGUAAUUUUAGCAGUUUUCGGUUUCUACCACGUCGUCAUUUUUUAUUAGAUAUGGCACCUACUUUAAUUACUCUUUUGAGUCUGAUCGCUUCCACUCUUCGGCCGUUGAGUGCACAGCUGUAUAGUCAACAGGAGAAGUUAGCGCUUGACAAUUUAGUCAAUUUAAUGUUAAAUCUUGGUUUGAAUUGGUUGGCAGAACAGGAUUCUGUGAGUAACGAAGUUAAAUAUCAACUUAAUCCGCCAUUAGAUCUUGUUGCUUGUUUCACAAAGUCAAGUAGUUUGAACUCACUUGGAUACGGUACUAAACAAUUUAUUGCACGUGAGUUAGAAAUUGAAAGAGUUCGACGUUCUGAAUCAAUGAUUAAUCGAAAUGUUAAUAAAUCAGAAGUUUGUAAUGACAUCACUAAAUUGAAUUCCAAACCAUCACUGGAGAAUUUAAUGAAUACUGAAUCACAAAAAUCAAAACUUAUUGGUACAAAAAGUUCAAAGGUGAAAAAAGAUUUCUUUGGACGCGUAAUCAAUGAUAAAAUGAACAUUUCUAAUACUGCGAAUACAACUGAAGAUUGCGGUGAGCAAGGAGAGUUCAUUGUCGAUCGGGAUAUUUACUACCGCUUUAAGGAGGGCUACUCAAAUGCAGUUCGACGACCGGUUACUAUGAAAGAAUUCUUGUAAAUGAACUUGGAACUCCUACAAACAUUUUAAGUAUAGUCGCAGGGUAAAAGUAAUUUCACUUCGUACUUCGUUUUCUUGUUAAUUAAUUCCAAUGAUUGUAUGCAGUAUUUUGGAUCUGCGCACAUUGAUUCUUUUGUAUGCUUGUCGAGGAAUUGACAAUUUUGAGUUCAUAUAAAUCUUUAUUAUUAUGUAUACAGUUACAUAUGAAUUUCUUUAGGAUACUCGGUUAUUUUAUGAGAUUUCUCACUUACAAGAGUAACCUGAAACGAUGAGUUUUUUCUCUGCCUGCUUAUACUUACCGAUUCUAUGUAUUGUAGUGCCGUGCUUCGAUCAUAGUUCGC